UCGGUCAUUUGUGCAUAAUUUAUUACUCUAGAUUUUAGAAUUAUGCAGAUAUAGAAUAACAACCUAUCAGAAAAAGAAAGAAGAAAAUAACAAGAUAAACGACGAGCGGCUGAAUUUUUUUUAUCUUGAGCACUUUGAAACUUCAAACUCCUCCACUUCUCAAUUGCAAAACCUCUAUAUAAUCAUCAUCGUCAUCAUCCCCUGAGGCAAGAAGAAAGAUGGAAUCAAUCGGAGUACUAAUGGCCUGCCCAAUGUCAACCUACCUUGAACAAGAACUCUCUAAGCGAUUUAAGCUCUUCAAGUUCUGGAACUUCCCUCAAAAAGACGCUUUUUUCAAAGAAAACGCGCUAUCUAUCCGCGCUGUGGUGGGUAACGCGACGGCGGGGGCCGACUCGGCCCUGAUUGACUCGCUGCCGAGUCUGGAGAUCGUUUCGAGCUUCAGUGUGGGGCUGGAUAAGAUUGAUUUGGCCAAAUGUAAGGAAAAGGGGAUUAGGGUUACGAAUACGCCGGAUGUGUUGACUGAAGAUGUGGCUGAUUUGGCGAUUGGCUUGAUUUUGACUACUUUGAGGGGGAUUUGUGCGUGUGAUCGCUAUGUUAGAGCUGGCUUGUGGAAGACUAAAGGGGAUUUUAAGUUGACUACUAAGUUUACUGGCAAAACAGUGGGUAUUAUAGGGUUGGGGAGAAUUGGUUUGGCAGUUGCAAAGAGGGCAGAAGCAUUUACCUGCCCAAUUAGUUACUACUCAAGAACAGAGAAACCAGACUUGAAAUACAAAUAUUACCCAAGUGUCCUUGAGUUGGCUUCCAACUGUGAUAUCCUGGUUGUUGCAUGUCCACUGACUGCUGAAACUCGCCACAUUGUCAACCGUGAAGUGAUUAAUGCUUUGGGUCCUAAAGGUCUUCUCAUCAAUAUUGGAAGAGGUCCUCAUGUUGAUGAAGCCGAGCUAGUAUCUGCUUUGGUUGAGGGCCGUCUAGGUGGUGCAGGGCUUGAUGUCUAUGAAAAUGAACCCGAAGUACCUGAAAAACUCUUUGCUUUAGAUAAUGUAGUCCUCCUGCCUCAUGUGGGGAGUGGUACAGUUGAAACUCGUAAUGCCAUGGCCGACCUUGUAGUUGGAAACCUAGAAGCACACUUCUUGAAGAAACCGCUGCUCACUCCAGUCGUGUGACUGUUGUGAAGGUAUGCAAUCAUGAUUGUUUUAGGGCUUUAAACAGGUGUUUCCACUGUAUGCCCUUUCAAUAUUUGUAGACACUUUCUGGCUAGAGCUAUGCUAUCAUCAAUAAAAGCUCAGUUAUUUCUGUUACAACAUGACUUGGUAGUAAUUGUCAAGCCAUUGAAUUUGUGCAUGCAUCUUGUGUAAAAAAAUGAUGUUUGCGCAUGUUAAUAUGUACAUUGUCUUUAUGAUUACUCAUAUACUCUAGUAAUUAAUUUUCCAAUGUCGUUUACAAAGUAGCGAGGAGUUGAGGUCCUCAGGACAUACUUUUGGCUAUAGGAUAUAGUUGAAGGCCCCUGUGCUUGUUGCUUGGAUAUUGCUUUCCAUUUUAUACUCACCUGUAUAUUUCCGAGAGAAAAAGAGAAAGAAAAGAAGUGAGUGAACUUUAUUAUUUCCAACAUCAGAUCAGCUGAUUAUUGACAUUCUAACCCCAGAUCAUUCAGGUCAAUAUCAGACCAGGGGGCAGAGUCCUUUAAUUAAAAUCGGUGGACACGCAGCUGAGCCCAAGGCCUACCAAGUACCAACCUUCAUAAAGUCUAUAGCAGUAAGAAGCACUUGGGCUUGGUGUAUGUUAUGUAGCUCUCAGUUCCCACCUGUAUGGCAGUACAUGUAUUGAAGUUAUUGCCUUGUAUAUAUAUGAUACAACCAAAAUAAAAAGUAGGACCCGUGUAGUGCAGAAAGAAGCCACUAAGAAAACGAUUUCGUUUAAUAAAGAAAAAGUUUAUUUAUAUACAAGGGAAAAGAAAUAAAUAUUGGAGAACAAAAUAACAUAGUGGGAGGAAAACUAUCCUAUCAACAUUUUUGAAUGUUUAUUUAACUCAUAUAUUCAAAUAAAUUAAGAUCUGAACUCUAUAGUUUUAUCAGAUAUAUUGUGUGGUUUAACUUAUGUUUUUUCAUUUUGAUCGGAAAAAACCUAUUUGGCCUGGAAUUGAGUUAGAUUAAAAAAAGCUCAACUCAUUAUAUAGUAUUAAGGUGUAGUACAUAUUUCAAAUUUGGACUUAAAUUUUUUAUUAAAAAACUUUAUCAGUUUACAACUUUGGUGGAUGCUGUGAAUCUACCACCUUGCAACUUAACGAAUAAUUUUGAAUAUAAUUUGGAUUUAAUAUGUAAAUUUUCUAAUAUUAAGUUGCCAUUGGUAAUCGGUAUACACAUACCAACAUCUUAUAAUAUUAUAAAACUCAUUGAUAGAUAUGUCUAUGCUUGCCGACAAAAUAUAGCAAAGGCUAGGCUCGGGUUGAGGAUAGGUUUCAGGUUCUCAAGUACAGUAGCUUUUGGCUGUGAAGUCUUGACUACUCUCCAAGCCUCUCAUCAUGCAAAGCUUCCCUACACAACACAAAUAUAUCAUCAUAUGAUGGAUAAAUAUUGAUACACACAGACAGGUGUAACUCAUUUGUCGGUCUGCUUCUGUGAUUCUCUUCAAGAUAAGUAAAAAAUAUCUAGUCUUUCUUGUUGGUUCAUCAACUCAUCAUUAACUCACCUAGCACUGUUUCAUCUACUCUAUAAUGUUCUUGUUAUUAUCCUAGUGUAUUACAUCUUAUUAUUAGCAUAAUUUAGUACUCUCAAGUUUCAAUCUUUUUGUGUUUAUGCUCAAGAAAAUUCUGGCUUCUUUUUAACUUCUAGGAGAGUUUGUGCCCUUUUUCUGUUUAAGUCUAGUGAUUGUUGUUUAGGUUCUUGAAAUAUGAUGCAUACGAAGUCUGAGUCUGAUGUUACUAGUUUAGCACCAUCAUCGCCAUCCCGGUCAUCACCGAAGAGGCUAGUGUACUUUGUGCAGAGUCCCUCAAGGGACUCUCAUGAUGGGGACAAGUCCUCAUCAAUGCAUCCGACUCCCAGCUUUAAUAGUCCGACGGAGUCCCCUUCACAUCCUUCGUAUGGCCGCCACUCGAGGAAUUCCUCAUCUAGUCGGUUUUCGGGGAUUUUUAGAUCUUCUUCAGGGAGGAAAGGAGGCAGAAAGAGGAAUGAUAAAGGGUGGCCGGAAUGUAAUGUGAUUGUAGAAGAGGGUGAUUAUGAUGAUGAAAAUGGACUUACAAGGAGGUUGCAGGCUUUGAUUGCGCUGCUAGGCUUCGUUGUCCUGUUUACUGUGUUUUGCCUAAUUAUAUGGGGCGCAGCUAGGCCGUUUAAAGCAGAGGUUACUGUUAAGAGCUUGGCUGUCAACAACUUCUACAUUGGAAUGGGGCCAGACGCCACGGGGGUUCCAACAAAUAUGUUUACUUUGAAUAGUUCACUGAGGUUGAGCGUAUACAAUCCUGCUACAUUCUUUGGCAUUCGAGUUAGCUCCACGCCUGUCAACCUGAUAUACUCGGAUGUAGUUGUCGCAACUGGUCAGUUGAAGAAAUAUUAUCAACCAAGAAAAAGUCAUCGGACUGUGUUGGUGAACUUAGAAGGACUCAGAGUUCCUUUAUAUGGAGCUGGAUCAGCCUUAAACGAGACCAGCAACGGUUUUCAAGUUCCAUUGGAACUAAAAUUUGAGAUAAGGUCACGCGGACAUGUGGUUGGGAAAUUGGUAACAACAAGGCAUCGGAGACAUAUAUCCUGCUCUUUGGUCGUCGACUCCACCAAGUCUAAACCUAUAAAAUUCCGGAAGAAUUCAUGCACUUAUGGCUGAUUUUUUACAGAAUGCUGGACACUGCACUUCACCCCUUGCUAAGUGCAUGCUUGGGGUCUAAAGUCUGUUUACUCUGUUGUUGCCUCUUAUACAGUGUGAUCUGCUUGUAAUGUAAACUGAAUUUUUGUUGCAUCAGUUCGAAUGUAAUUCUAUUUAAUCUUUACUCCUUCGCAAGAGGUGUUACUUGUAAGCUAUGCUGAAAUAAUGUAUGGAAAUGGUGUGAAUAUUUACAUAUAAUUUAAAGUAUUAAAUUUUACUAUUGCAAA